AGGCCGCGACACCAAACUUCGUGGCCUGCGAACAUAGCAGAUCUUUUUCAGUCACUAACUUUUGGGUUCUUCAGGACUGUGUUGCACUAGCGCACAUCGGCUGCUGGAUGGUCUAUGUGCCGCCCAUUACCCAGGCCGAGUUUCUGCAAAUAUUGCAGAAAUGCAUACCCCCCACCGGAUGGCCGAAGAGACUAGGUAUGAAGUACCACUUUUGCUAUGGACAUGCACUCACCGGGCUUCAGCUGUCGCUAAUUCUGGAGGACCGGACUCAACAUGUCUUCUUUACUUGAUGUCUUCUCUUAUUCGAGAGAAGAAAGGGAAACCUGGGCUGCCUCAAUCCAUCGUGUCGAUCCACGUAAACCACAAGCUUCAAGCGGCAGCCGACGACAUGGCGAAUCAUGCUGCUAAGACUGCAAACAUACUCAGCGUCCCUCAUUUUGGUACUGAAAUUCCUUGGGGUAGCCACCCUUUUCCUGCUAAACCGGUCGAUGGCACUCCAAUGGAACAUCAUGCCCGCCGUUCUCGAUUUAACAGAUUGUUCGAAGCUAUGACAGCUUUGAAAGCGUCAUGUCUCGCGUUCGGUCAGCAUGCCGAUGACCAAGUCGAAACAGCCAUCAUGCGAUUGGCAACUGGUAGCGGAGCCUUGGGUGCUAGUGGCAUGUCACCCAUACGUAGAUGGGGCAUGGGUGGGAUAACAGAGCUGGAAUUCAAUGGUUACGAGGGAAUGAAUCGUUUCAUCAUUCGUCCUUUCUUGGAAGUUUCAAAGGACAGGAUCUUGGCCACAUGCGAAGCAAAUAAUUUGGAGUAUGUCACUGACCAUACCAACUUCCAACCUGACAUAGCUUUACGAAACAAGAUUCGAGCCAUACUGACUGAGAGGCUCAAGUACCCAAACCAGGACGACACAGAGUCUUCCGCACCUACAUCUGUAUCCGAGCAGGAAGCCAAGUUCCACAAAGCUAUCAGGAAGUUGGGUGAUGAAGCUUUCCACACCGAAGGACGUGCAGGCCUGUACGACUCGGUCAAACGCAUCAGCGACAAGGUACAAACUAUCAAUUUGAAAGUAACCAACAUCCUACGCCGUGUAAGACUUCCAUCUCCGCCGUCAACAAUCCUUAUUUCUACGGAGGACUUGCAGACAAUAACAGAUGUUGAGGUAGCCAUUGCGCUAUCACGACGAAUCAUGCGUCACAUCUCACCGUUUCCCUACGGUCACAUCUCUGCUGAAGCCAAGGGUAACCGUAGCGGCUUCGAGGACCUAGUACGAAAAGUCUGGAGUGGCGGUAUGGGUGACGACGAGAAAGAUACGCAUGCUUGGUGCUUCGGAAGCCACGUCCUCUGGUCACCUGUCACGUUAACUGCCAACGGUCGAGUGCGCUGGCGUCCCCCAAGAAGCCCUGACGAGAAAGCAGCAUGGUUAAUCUCUCGAGAACCACCGAUGUCCCCUACUCGAUGGCAACAAAACGGCAAAGUCGACCCCUUGACUACCGAUGUUACGCUCAUAUUGAACAAGCGUCUUGUCGCUGGAGAUACGGCUCGGGUUUUGUACGAUUGUCGGUUCCUGAUAUCGUUCUUUGUGGAUCGCAUGCCCGAUUCCAUAAAGGCUUCCUUGGCUGAUCCGGCACAGAAUGCUUCGAUCGUAAUUGAACCUCAUACGAAAUUCUAUCUACCGAAGGUCGUGCUGCGACGGGAAGGGUAUAAGGAUGAAGUUUUGACUGUGGCAGAGUGGAAGAUGGGUGCUGCUUGGGACCGAUGGAAGUUCCACUUCCGACCAGCUACUAAAGGGUGGAUUGGUGUGAAGUACGUUCGUCCGUGGUCCCACAUUUGAGGCCGCUUACAUGUCAAGUACGUUCUCUUGAACUGGACGGAUUCGAGUUGGUGGGUGUGCAUGUGUGUAGAUUAGGAUACUAUAUAUCGUACAUUAUUUGGUGGUUAUACUCAGCCACGCUAAUGGGCCACUGUGAUCCU